GCAGUUGUCGUAAAAUGACGCAAUCCUCACAUCGCUUGCCUUCCUGUGCGGAACAGGCGUGGAAUAUUAGCAUUAGCAUAACAUGAUAUAUGCGUCGUUUAUUGUUGAUUUUUUGUGUUAACAAUAGCGGUUUUUGCGUGCUUAGUGCGGACGAGUGUUGUUACAAUUGCGUAAGGAGUGACGGAAAGCAGCAAGGAUGUUUAAGAAAUUUGAUGAGAAAGAAAAUGUGUCGAACUGCAUCCAGCUGAAGACAUCAGUGAUCAAAGGCAUCAAAAAUCAGCUUCUGGAGCAGUUUCCUGACAUCGAGUCAUGGCUCAACCAAAUAAUGCCCAAAAAGGACCCUGUCAAAAUAGUUAGAUGCCAUGAACACAUUGAAAUCCUGACAGUGAACGGAGAACUGCUGUUCUUCAGACAGAGAGAAGGACCAUUCUACCCAACCCUCAGACUGCUGCAUAAAUAUCCUUUCAUUCUUCCACACCAGCAAGUAGACAAAGGGGCCAUCAAAUUUGUCUUAAGUGGAGCCAACAUCAUGUGCCCGGGGCUGACGUCACCUGGUGCUAAACUCUACCCAGCUGGAGCUGACACGGUAGUUGCCAUAAUGGCGGAAGGCAAACAACAUGCACUUUGUGUUGGCGUGAUGAAGAUGUCUGCAGAAAGCAUAGAAAAAGUCAACAAGGGAAUCGGUAUUGAGAAUGUUCACUAUCUGAAUGAUGGACUGUGGCACAUGAAGACGUAUAAAUGAUGACAUCAUUGCCUACAGCACCCCCCCCCCCCCCUCCCCCACUGCACCCACCCCUAUUCACUUGGAAAGUGUGGAGCUCUUGAUGGUGAGGCCUGAGCUGCCAGUCUACUGUUUACACUUAACUUAGUUGUGUAACCACCUGGAGGCUUUGAGCCAACCGCCACAAUGUACAAAUAAAGGAAUGGUCGUGCUAUAAAAACAAA